GAAUCCGCGCGAUGCGCAAGUUGCCGGAGCGAUUUAUUUUCCGAUACAAAUACGCGCACAGAUAGUCCUAUCGUUGCCGAUCUUCAUACGAUUUGUGCACAACUCGUUGCACGGCUGUGUGCAACCAGUUGUUGGCGACCAACGCGGAAUGCGUUGCAUUUCGCUCGUAACGAGCUACCGGCCGUAUUCCUAGAUUCUCGGAUUCGAUAAAUCCGUGCGACAGCGUCACGGUUCGUCCAGGUUUCAGUUAUGCCAGUUGUUGUCCGAAGCGGCAGGAAGUCGCGAGAGGGAAAAGAAUUUCGAUCGGUUGGCUGUUCUACAAUUUUUUCGCGAUUCGAUUCGGUGAAAUUUCGCGAACUUGGAUGGCUCGAACGAAAAUGCCUCGGGAAGAAUAAAUCCGACAACGGCGAUACCAUAGAGAUCGAUCGGUUCGCGAUAAUUUAACGACAAAUGCCGCUUCGUUGUACGAGAUGGCACGGUUCGGUAGCUACGAUAUCGGCGUGCUGCUGCUGCUGCUGCUGCUUCUGUCCGUGGCAGGCGUUUCCGCGGAUAUAGCGAGCGACAGUUAUAAUUAUAUGCUGCUGAUCGAAGACGUACACAACUAUUACGGAACGACCUGCAUAAUAAUCGUGCGUUCGAACCAAUGCACCGAUAUGAACGAGACGACCGUGACGCAAAUAUGGACCCGAUCGUUCUCCCGCAGCGGCAUCCUGACCGUGAUCGUCGGCUUUUCCGAUCUUGCACAGGAGACCAAGAAGUACGAAGGUUGCGAGGUGCGACCGUUAUACGUCGUCCUUCUCAGCACAAAGAAGACCCUGAACGAGUUUGCAGCGGCCACCGGACGGAUCGAUAUCUCCUUUCCCGUUUGGUUCGUGAUGUUCCUUCCGCACCAGGGAGAUCCCCUGAAAUCCGACUGUCGGAGCCCGACCGGGAACCUGUUCAAUCUAUCGUUCGAUACCGAGAUGCUGGUGUUGUGCUACGACCAGCCGUCUUUGAGGGAGUGGUACUCGUUUCGGGAUAACCGUACAACGGUCUCGAAUCUAGCCGUAUGGAAACCUGGACAAGGACUUUGGCCCGUGACGAACGGGAGUCUGUACGCGAGGAGGAACAACCUGCGCAAAGAGAUCAUGCGAAUCGCCUACGUCGAGGUGUCCGCGUUCGUCGCGGUCGAGAACGGGGUCCUCACGAAAUACCUCGGCGAGGUGAUCCAGGAGCUGAGCGAGUCGUUGAACUUCACGAUCGAAGUGACGAACCCUAUGGAUUCGUACGGCAAUCUGAACGAGGAAACGCAAACCUGGUCGGGCGUGAUAGGCGAACUGGUCGCGGAUACGGUCGACAUAGGCGUCGCGGAAUUCAGCAUGACCAAACGCCGACUGGAGGUGGUGGAUUUCACGCUGCCGCUGAUCCUAUCCCGCAUGAGGGUGUACUUCAAGAAGCCCGACGGUUCCUCCGUACGGUGGACCGCCUACGUCAAGGUUUCUCGUUGUUGUUUCAAGAGUCCGCCAUCGGUGAACGCGAUAACGACACCGAUGUUUCUCUGUGCUCAGGAGUUCGACAGGCACGUCUGGACGGGGAUAGCGUUCACGGUCUUCGCCGUGCCGAUCGUGCUGACUCUCAUGAAGACGAGGGGACGUCUCUUCGCAAAAGUCGUCGGGGAAUAUUACAUAAACGUUUGGGGAAUAUAUUGCCAGCAAGGCAUGCCAGAAUUUCCGCAAGAAACCUCGCAGAGACUCGCUUUCGUAUCGAUUUUCGUGUCGGCGUUGAUCAUCGCGUCCGCUUACUCCGCUUCGUUGAUCAGCAAUUUGACCGUCUCCACGGUUAGCCUGCCGUUCUCUACUCUCGAGCAGUUCGCGCACGAUGGUUCUUACAAGUUGAUCGUGUUCAGAGACAGCGCGGACUACGAUACGAUAGUUUCGGGCAACGACAGCGUCUCGUUCAGGUUGCAGAAGCUUUUGAAGAAGAAAGACUACUUGCCUUUGUCGGUGACGGACGGCUUUCGACAGGUUUGCACGGAAAAAGUGGGCUUCUACGUAACCGAGGCGAUAGUGAGCUCUUUGAGUCGCAUGCCUUGCGCGAUCGAGUACAUCGAAGCCAACAGGAUCGAAAGCUUGGCGAUCGUUCUGAACAAACGCAGUCCUUACAGACAAGUCAUAAAUUACAAGUUGCAACGAUUGAAAGACAACGGCGUGAUCAACAAGCUGAGGAACAUGUACCUCUUGCCGACCAACGAUUACCAGCAGGGCUAUCCCGUGGUCACUUUGGGCAGCGUCACGCCGCUCCUCGCCAUCGUAGUGUGCGGCGUGGUCGUAGGAUGCCUGAUACUAACAUUGGAGAAAAUGUGUUAUCGCUGCUGCGACAAGGAGAGCCGUUGCGAGACGAUUCGGAAGAAGCUCCGACGGAAUCCGAGUAGAAGAGGCGGAGCGAGAAGAUACGCGCGGAGUCCUGUGGGAUACGCGCAUCGAGACAACGGAGAUCGGUCGUUGCGAUAACGGGGGGCGAGAAACAGGCGGGGCGAGAUAUAAUUGUUUCACGAAACUUUCUGCCGAGCGACGCGCUCGGGCUCCCUCGUACAAUCGAUACAUUGUAUCGUUACCCGCAAAACGAGGAAGAAGCCUCGACAAUAAUGCGCAUUGUCGUCGAUCAACAGGCUCGUCUUAUCAAUCGCUUUCGCUUCGUGCCGCGCGGCAACAUCGUCGCGGAUCGCAAGGGUAAAUUAGUUGCAAAUUUCCGCGUAUCGUUUCGCCCGCUGGCGUUUCGGCGGGUUUCGAUGGAUCUUUCGAGUCGCGAGUUUCUAUUUUUGUGCCAUCCUCUGCGCUCCAAUCAGUCCCGAGUUACCUCGUUUACCGGCGAUGUCGGUAAAUUGCUACUCGCCGAAAGCAUGGCUGGAGACGAGAGACGGCUUCGCGUUGUCGUAACGACUAUCGUUUUCUCUCUGCCGAGACUACAACGGCAAAAAUCGGUCGACGUCGAACGAGAACAACGAGCAGUUGCGGCUUUAAAAUACAUUAAAUAUGCAAAAACGAAGCCCCGGAGGUCGUUGUUCGAAAGCGAUGUUCCCAUUGCUCGCGACCAACUUACACAGACACCGUUUCAAUUCGCAAACUUUUCAAAACGAAGCCACUUUUUUUACAUAAAUUUUCUGCUUCGAUAAUCUUUGCUUUUCUUCGCCGCGUUAGAGGCUGAUAAAUCGGUCGCGAUUCAUUCUUCGACGAGCCGCGCGCGCGCGAUCCGAUAUCGUUAAAACGUUCGAAUAAUAAUAUUCUGUAAUGGCAACGCGAGAGUUUGCGUAAUAACCGCAAUUAUCUGCCGAUCGCGUUAAAAGCGAAGACGCGUCGAUUCGUACGGAACGCGUGACCUACGACCUUUUGCGGAGAAAUUCGCCCACGUGACCAUCUUCCCACGCGAAUCAAGCGGCAUCCACUGUCUGGUUGUCGACAAAAAAAAACGAACGCAGCCCUCGUUAAUUUCCCUGCAUCUCCUAAACUUGCGAAAUAGAAAUGUUCGUAUAUUAUACGUUAUUCGACUGCUCGGACGAUCGCACCGCACGUUGCGUAUUUCAUUUAAAAUCGUACGUCCCAUUUGUCGCUUCGAACGUAAUCGAUCGCGAGUAAAAUCUGUUACACACGUUGCAGUAAAAUUGCUUACACCUUGCUGUCCGCGUCCGUUACAUUUUCUCUACGUUCCAAACCUUUUUCUGCCUAAUCCUAGUUUCUUUCCGACGUGCGUCGACGACUCAGAUUUUUUCAUAUUUUCCAUAACUAUCUUGAAUUCUUCGUCCGAUGCGAUAAAUUUCGAAAUUAUUCGAGUCGGUAUACACGGUACACACGAUAUCCUUUCAGAAGAGUUAACCACGUUUCAACUUCGCAACUUCGGUUUACCACGUCGACACCAUCAUUUCGAGAUUCUUUGAAAAACAAUCGAUCGAUCGUCGACGAGUAAAGUUAAAAAAAGGCUCGCACCGAUCGUCCGCGCGAUUCGUUUUUUGCAGUCGGAUCGAAGAAAGAGACGCGGAGUCUCCGACGCGUUGCUAAAAUAAAGUUAGCGAAUGUUCCUUUUUCGCCGAAUAUAACGGGCCCCGCGGCGGGAACAACGACGCGCGAUCCGUUCGGGCCAGGAGGCCUCUCUCUCUUUUCGAACCGUCGCGAAAUAGAAUCGUUCCACGGAUUAUGGAUAUUUCCAGGGGCGCGUAGACUCGCGUGUAAACAAAGGUGCAUCCUGCAGCGAAGGCUGCCGGGAGCGAGCACGAGCAACCGUGCGCGGACCGGAUACGGACGAGCACGCGCCGCGUUUCCGGUUUCCGUAUGACCGGAAGCGACCUUUGCCUCGUUAAGAAACGCUGCACGCGCGCGCGUUACGAACGCGCCCUCGGCAAAGUAUACGCGCGGAGAAAUCCUCGAAGCGUGUUGGAUCUCGGCCGACAACCGAGCCGAACGCGAACGACGGCGUCUCGUAUUUUACCGUUCGGACGAUAAUCGCGUAUCGAUGGCGUUCCGCGGAAACCGCAACGAACGUCGGUGAGAAAAAAUCGGCCGCGGUUCUUCCUUAGAACCGGAGCUCGAUCGGCCGCGAGACAUUAAUCUGGAGCGAGUCGGCGGCGCGGCGAUCUUGUCCGAGGACUGGGUAAUCUUUGGUCCUCUUUUUUCUCAAAGCUCGUUCGAUCGCGGGCAAAAAUAACCGGAUAACCUUGCCGGAGCGCGCUUUCCGCCGGGAAUGGAUCGUCGUCGAUACGACGACGCUCGGUCGGCCAGAUAUUAAUUAGGAGCGACGGAGGAGUCUGGGCACCAACUUUCGAUGUCAACGAUCGAUGCGCGACGCGUCGGUGUACGUUGUACGUACAUAUGUAUAUGUAUUCGCAUAGCGGAGUCCGCCGCGCGAUCCUCCGCGCGAUCCGCCGACCAUCUUGAUCCGUAACGAGACCGGGCGACCUCGGGCUUUACAAUUUAAAUGUGCGGCGCGAACGCGAUCGAUCGCGGUCGAUGCCGAACGAUGUAACGCUUGAAAAGGGUCUGUUUGUUAUUUAGCCGUGCUGCACGUGGCACUCAUUGUUGGCAGGUUGUGUCAUCUCUGGGCUUGUCCAGAAUGCUAUUAUUAUCGCGCUUCGCGCCGACUAGACCGUCUCUCCACGACUUAUACUCGUCGUGGUAACAAUGAUCGUUCGAACGAUUGCGAACCAGGAAACAAUAAUACUCCGCGAUAAUGACUAUUGUCACAGAGGGGAACAAUGAUGCCCGGUGACGGGCACGGUUCGCAGCGGGUUCGACCGGGAAACGAAUCGGUGCUCGUCGACGCGACGCGACGCGAUAAAUAUUUUUGCGAGAUGUCCGGCCAUGGUUGCUGCGAAAUCGACGAAAGCGUCGUUACAAUUACGACGAUAUUCGUAUUUUCUCGAAAGCGCGUCGCAAGUUUUCAACGCGUCGACGACGCGUGGCUUUACGUCGAGUAUAAAUCUGCUGUCUUUUACCGAUUACGCGGUCGAGAACGAUUUCAUCGAGAAAUUGUCGGCGGAGAAAUCUUGCGGCGUUGAUCCGCUUGUCUCGUAAAUCCGUCGUUGCGUCCGCCAAGAAGCUCGUUACGCGUACUAUGUUCGGCACCGUGGGUGGGUAUCAACGUCCACUGUUCGCAUCGGCGAACCGACGUUCGCGAAACGCGGUUCACCGAUAGCGUUCGAUGGAAGACGUCGCCACGGUUACGGGUAAGUAGAUGGAAAUUGCGGGACUCGCGAUCAACGGUGACGAACAUGGAUCGACGACCGCGUGAGACUCGUCCGAAGCGUAGCUCUUGUUUGUAAUUAUACCCUGUGGUACUUCUCCGCUCGGAUAAUCCACAUUUUUGGUCCACGGUACCCCGUCCCCUCUCUAUCGCGAUCUAUCUCGGGUACCCCUCUCUCGGGUGAUAUACCGAACAGCGACGAGGGAAACAUCGAACGCGUAACUGUAACUCUCUCCUGCCGCGAUCGAACGACAAUUAAUCGAUUAAGACCAGUUUUAGCGACCAGGAACGCGAGCGCGCAAAGCUAGACGAUGCGUAUACGUCUAAUUCGACGACAUCGAACAACUUGGAAAUUACUAUAAUUACGGUAAAUCAGUUAUCGAGUUUAUGGCAGAAGGCGGUAUCUUUAUUUUUAACGAUAAUCGAAUCGUUAUCGAAGGACGUCGAAUCGGUAUAGACUGUGGAUAAAAAAUGAGUGUGCGAAUGCGAUAAAAAAAUCAUAUAUUUAUUAUUUA